AUGUCGUUCCUCGCCGUCGCCGCGCCGUCGCCGACGCCGUCCAGCUCGUCCGCAAAUGGGGCCAAGCGCAAGCGCGACGGUGCCCAGCCCGUCUUCUCGCAGCCUGGCGACGUCGGCACCGGCGAGCACGUCUACACGCAGUUCAGCUAUGCCAGCGACUACCUCAAGGAGAACCUGAAGCGGGUUCCCUUUGAGGAGUUGAUGAAGUACCUGAACGUCAGAGAGGACCAGGCCAACUGGAAGCAGCUGCGCCAGCUCUUCCACUCCCCGUCGCCGGAGAACCGCAUCGGCUUCGACCACGCCACCGGCAUGUACCACUACAAGCCGCGCCUGCCCAUUGCGAACCCCUCGCAGCUCAAGGCGUUUCUCCAGGCACAAAAGUCGGCCCAGGGCGUCACCAUCAAGCUGCUCAAGGACGGCUGGCCCGAAGUCGCCACCGAGAUCAAGCCCAUGGCCGAGAAGAAGCUCAUCCUGCUGAAGGAGACCAAGGACGGCGUUCCAAAGACGGUCUGGGACAACGACCCCUCGCUCAUGCACGACAUGGACGCGCAGUUUAUCAGCGACUGGCACAAGAUUGCCAUCCCGCCCAACCCGGACGACAUGCGCAACACCCUGCUCAACGUCGGCCUGAACGUGGCCACGGCCCCGCGCGUCAUGGUCGACAACACCCCGAAGCCCAAGAAGAAGCGCGCGCCCCGCAAGAACGGCAGGGUCACCAACACCCACAUGGCCCACGUCCUCAAGGACUUUUCCAGUUUGAGAAAGUAG